AAUUAUAAGUAGGGCGUACGAAAAGAGAGUCACCAGGUGAUAUAUUUGCAGUUCGAGAAAUCACUACAAGUCAAUUUGAAGCUGGUGCGAUUUCUCCGGCGGCCUUCAGCGGCGGAGCUCUUCCACUUUCAGGCUGCACUCCACGAAACUUGAAGCUGAUAGCAGGAGCUUUGAGGGUUAGAAUUAGAACUUAGAAGAAUGGUGUUUGGUCAAGUUGUGAUUGGCCCCCCUGGUUCCGGCAAAACCACUUAUUGCAACGGAAUGUCUCAGUUCCUCCAACUGAUUGGACGGAAAGUUGCUGUUAUCAAUUUGGAUCCCGCUAAUGAUGCUUUACCAUAUGAGUGUGCUGUGAAUAUUGAGGAUCUAAUUAAGCUGAGUGAUGUAAUGGUUGAACAUUCUCUUGGUCCCAAUGGAGGGCUUGUAUAUUGCAUGGACUAUCUCCAGAAGAAUAUUGACUGGUUGGAGUCCAAGUUAAAACCUCUCCUUAAAGAGCACUAUUUACUUUUUGAUUUUCCGGGUCAGGUGGAACUAUUUUUCCUUCAUGACAAUGCGAAGAAUAUGAUUAUGGAACUUAUAAAGAAGUUAGAUCUAAGGUUGACUGCAGUCCAUUUAGUUGAUGCCCAUCUUUGCAGUGAUCCAGGGAAAUACGUGAGUGCAUUGCUCCUCUCUUUAUCCACCAUGUUACACUUGGAGCUUCCUCAUGUCAAUGUUUUGUCAAAGAUUGAUCUAAUUGAAAGCUAUGGAAAGCUAGCUUUUAACCUAGACUUCUACACAGAUGUCCAAGAUUUAUCGUAUCUGCAGAAUGAGAUCAGUCAGGAUCCUCGCUCUGCUAAGUAUAGAAAGCUUACAAAGGAGCUUUGUGAGGUGAUAGAAGAUUAUGGACUUGUCAACUUCACACCUUUAGAUAUCCAGGAUAAAGAGAGUGUUGGGAAUCUAGUUAAGCUAAUUGACAAAAGCAAUGGAUACAUAUUUGCAGGCAUAGAUGCAAGUGCUGUUGAGUUCAGCAAAAUUGCAGUUGGUCCUGUUGAUUGGGACUACUACCGAGUUGCAGCUGUGCAGGAGAAAUACAUAAAGGAUGAUGAAGACUUUGAUAUGACAAAAGGACAGUGAGACAAAAUAGUAUGUUAUGGGCUUUGUGAUAAGAUCUAUAAAUACUGCAUCUUACAGAAACUAAUUAUCCUUAUGCAUGCUAGGAUGUAAAGAUCAUUUUUGUUCGUUCGAGUGACUUAUUUAAUAAAAUUUUCAGUA